AUGCGAAGAUACUUCAGCGAUACGCGGACAGGUUGUCGCAGUGUUGAGGGUGGCGGCGAUCCUUGGGAGGAUGAGAAGUGGGCAAAAUAUAAGUGGACCAUCUACCGCGGCGUCGCAUACGACCUGACGUCGUACAUGGACCGGCACCCAGGCGGCCGCUGGCUCCUGAACCUGGCGGUGGGACGUGACGCUACUGCACUGUUUGAGUCCUACCACCUGCGACCGGAGGUGGCCGUGGCACAUCUCAAGCGCCUUCCGGUAUUGGAGGGCUUCCCGGUGGAGGCAGUGCCGCAGGCUCCCCGCCCCAACGACAGCGAGCUGUACAACGCAAUCAGGGAGCGUGUCCGCAAGGAGGUGUUUAAGGGCACAGAUAUCAAGGGUGCUCACCGCUCGGGCAGCGAGGGCGCUGCAUUCGCCGUGUUGUCGUACGCAGCGGCGACCUACGCGUUGUACACAUAUGACGCCAAUCCGCUGACUGGCGCACUUCUGGGCUUGGCCGGCGCCUGGAUUGGGCUGACCAUCCAGCACUGCGGUAACCACGGCGCCAUGUCCACCAACCCCAUUGUCAACAACUUGAUGGGCCUCACUAAUGAUCUGUCGGGGGGCUCCAGCCUCAUGUGGCGGUACCACCACCAGGUGUCCCAUCACGUCCACUGCAACGAUGACGCGUUCGACGAGGACGUCUUCUCGGCCUUUCCCUUCCUGCGCUUCGACGACCGCCUGCCACGCUACUGGUACCACCAGUACCAGCACAUCUACAUGUGGGCGCUCUUCCCCUUCCUGCAGCUCGUGUUUCAGGUGGGCGACUGGAAGGCCCUGCUGGAUAACCGCACUGUGGGCGCAACCAUGUAUGGUGCCUCGGAAUUUGAGCGCCAGACUGUGGUCGCGGGCAAGCUGGCGCACUACGUACUGCUGUACGGGCUGCCGGCCAUCCUGCAUGGACCCGGUGCCAUGCUGGCAGGCGCGGCGGGAUACUUGUUCACACAGAGCAUUAUGCUGGCGACCACGUUCGCGGUGUCGCACAAUGUCCCUGAGACCAAAUCGCUGGACCCGGGUCCCACCCGUGAGAACCUGGACCAGCCGACCUUGGAACGUGACUGGGGCGUGCAGCAGGUGCUGACAUCGGCCAACUGGGGCGGCGUCGUCGGCAACUUUUUCACCGGUGGGCUGAACCUGCAGAUCGAGCACCAUUUGUUUCCGGCGAUCUCCUUCAUGCACUACCCCGCCAUCUCCAAGAUAGUCGAGGACGAGUGCCGCAAGCGUGGUAUCAGCUACGCGCAUUAUGCUACACUUCCGGAGAUUCUUUCGCGCUUCGUGCGCUUCAUGGCGUUUACGCCAAGCCGGGCGGUGUUGCAAGAAGAGGAGGAAUCUGCAACGUCUACCGCAGCUAGGUAUUUACGUCCAGCCGUUUGCGUGUGGAACAAGAAGCUGUUGAAGGAACUAUAUCCAAACGGCAUUAGAUGCGGAGUCCUGCUGGUAGCGACCUGUCCAACGUCAUGUGCGCUCUUGCGCACCCUGCCCGGAAAGCAGUUGCUAGGCUCGGUGUUGACUCCAGGAGUAAGCCUCGCGGGCAACAGCUUUGCUGCUUGUUGCGCUGCCGGGGAAGCGCUGCCGUCGGAUAAGGUGUGCACCGUGUACGUGCUGCGCUCAUCGCCGCCCGAGAAUCCGUCUGCUUCCGCCGGUCCCGGCGUUCAUGAAGACGUGCUGCUGGUGUGCUGUCAUUACGAAGUGGCGCGGGCGCGAGCGCCAGCAUGGGCGCGGUCGGUGUUAGGGCAGCUGUCGUAUCGCCACGCAAUAUUCUUAGGAACCAUGCCGGCAGAGCAAUUCCGAGGAGCAGGGGAUGCGUCGCAGGAGGAACUAAUCUUUGCGCUUCGGACACGGGCAUCGCAGCAGCAGCAGCUGCAAGCCGGUAGCAAGGGCCCUGUGCCGCUGCUGCCCAGAGGCACUGUGGUCGGCGGCCUGCCUGCAGCCCUAUUGUCGUACUCCCAGGUGCGUGGGGCCUCCGCCGAACUGCUGGUGAUGGUGGAGAUGGUGCUGGAGGGGCGGCCUGCACUAGUAGAGGCGCUAGCUGCGGCGCUCGUGUCAAUGCUGCGGAGUCAUGGUGCAGAUGCGGUGGCGUCUCGGCUGUGCAGCCGCCAGGUGCUGACGGCAGCGCGCAAGGAGCUGGGACUAGGCGCCGCAGCUGCCUGCGAAGCCUACGUGUAGUGCAGAAUCAAGUCGGUUGUGCACUGGCAAAGGUGGCAGAGCUCGAUGAUCCUUCUGUAGGCUUUGCUUGUUUCGCGAAGAGUGGCCAACAGGGAGGGCAAGGGUAUGUCUGCACGGAAAGUCUGAGCGGGGCUUCGACUUCCAUGCCCGUUGACGUUGUAGCUACGCAAGCCCUAGCGGAAAUAAGCGCACGGAGCAUGGUAUCACUGUCGGUACAAUGCAGUACGUUGUUGGUCUCUGGAGGUGGCCUUCCAUAAAGCCGUUGCCUGCAUCGUAAUUGCGCAGGCAGCCAUGUAAGCACUGCUUAUUCAAAUGCGAUGUCCCAUGGCAUAUCUCAGGUGGAACGUCAACUGUGCUCACACCACGUCCUAUGAUAGAUUAGGUUCGACGAACCGAGGAAGGAGCAGCACUCGGAUCCUCAAGCCUAACCUGCAUAACGCAGCUUGAAUGAGGCCUGACACGCAACCCCAUAAUCUAGUCCUAAUCAGUCCACGGGCCCUGCACAUGCUGCACACAAUUGGCCCUGACCGGGACACCCGGGAGGGUGGGCAGCCUCUCGUCUGGACCCCGAACUGCCCAACCCCGGUCGGUUGCUCUCAGUACUUGAGCGGCGCCGGCAUAGGCCACACUUGCUCGCUCUCCAGGUCUACGUUGACUGGCGCGUCAAAGAUAUCCAGGUAUUCAGCUACGGUGGGUGCGUCCUCGGUGGGUGUGAGGGACAGCACGACUUCUUGCGCCGGCACGUCAUCCAAGGACGAUUCCACGGAGUUCAGCUUGCGCCGUGUCUCGGGCUGAUAUCACCGUUGAACAUGGCACGGAAAACCUAGCGUUAAGUACUUGUGUGCCAUACAAGACUCCGGUGGCUCAAGGGACGUGGGGGGAUGUCUGAAGUAUCAAAGCCAAUUCUAGGGUUACUCAACGGGUCAGCGUGCGCCACCAUGGAUCGGUACAGCAGU